AUGAAGAAAUUUCAAAGCGAAUCAUUGAUCAUCGCAUUUUGUAGGGCAUAUAGAUUCCCACUUAACGUAAAAAGCACAGUAAUGCAAUUACAUAGAUUUAUACAGAAGGAGAUCGCACUAGACGAAGUGCACAUGGUCUAUUUGGCUCUCUUUCUUGGCAUAAAAAUAGAAGAAAUUCAGGAUAGCAUGUUAGACAAGCUUGAGAUCUUCUUUGUCUCAAAAAUGAACAGGAAGGAACUGUUUGAGAAGGAGGUAUUGUUGGCUGGGAAACUAGAUUACAAUUUUGUCUUCGAGAACGUAUAUGUGAAGGCGUAUGGCCUGAUGGUGCGACUUAGUGAGAGUAACCUGAUAGAAAUCAAGACGGGUGAUUUUGAGACGGUUGAGAAAAUGAUUGAUAAGGCACUUUGCACCAAUUACAGUAGUAUACAAGAUGUAGUUCUUUUUGGAGUAGCAAAAUACUACAAAUUGAACUGGGAGAAGAUGUGUGAUGAAUACGGUGGUGUUUUGGAUAAUUUGAAUGCCAUAGACACAGAAUACAACACCAUCAAUUUGCUCAGCAAGGAAGAAUGCCUAAUGCCAGAAACACCUGAAAAAUAA